GUGCAUAAGGAUCACUCCUCUUCUUCUUCUUCUUCUUCUUCUCCUCGUCCUCCGUCCGUGGUAGGCUGGGCCCAAUCUUUUCUUUGAUUCGAGCUUACGGAUGGCAUACGUUGGUUCUGAGUGCGUGGAUGAUGGCCUGGAAUGCAUGUGCCAAUCAGCGGAGAACCACAGGCAUCACGUGUGCAACAGCUUGGACUGGGCUUGGCAUCGUCUGCAGCAUGGCGGGCUCCGUGCGCAGCUUCGUGUCUCGAAGCAGGCCGUCACGUGCAAGCCAGCUGCCGUAUGUCGUGAAGCCGUUGCGGGGUGACCAGAGGUUUCAGAGAGGUCGGAGCUGGCAGGCUGUUCAGGCCCGUGCUGCUCGCGUGCCUGCGCUGCCAAGUGGCCGGAGGUUGCAGAUCGCAGAGGGGGUGGAGGGUUCAGACGUACUGGGCAGUCGUGUGUGGCCAUGCGCCGCCUCCAUGUGCAGCUGGCUUCGGGAACAUGCGGUGCAAGUUGAGUCGUCGAAUGUGCUCGAGGUUGGCAGCGGUACUGGAGUGGUGGGCCUGUUCGCUGCCGCUCUCGGGGCUGCCCACGUCACCUUGAGCGACGGCGGGCCUCAAUCGUUGGAGCGUCUGGCUCGGCACAAUGUCGCGGUCAACCAGGAAGCUGGCCUCAUCCCGGCGUCGGCCGAUGUGCGCGUGGUGAGCUUCCAGUGGGGCGAGUCCGCACCGAGACUGGGCGGAGGCCGUGCGUGGGACUGGGUGCUGGGCUCCGACGUCACGUACUCCCGUGGGUCGCAUGCGAUGCUGUGUGACGCGCUUGCCGCGCUGCUGUCCGAGUGCGGCGGUCGGGCUCCUCCCCGGGUGCUGGUGGCACACGAGCACAGGGGCCUCGUGACAGAUCUGACGCGGCCUCGCGUUGAUGGGCAGCUGGAGCACUUUCAGCAGGCUGCAUUCGAGCGCCGCUUGAGUGUUCGCGUGCUGCGCAGCGAGACACUGGGAGAACAUGCCAUAGGCUCUCCGAAGGUGUCUCUCCUAGAGGUCCAGCAGCUGGAGGCGAAUACCGCGCAGUGACAGAUCCUUCUCCUCCACCCUUUCUUGUCCUCAAGAGUGGCAGCCCUUUUCGGGACUGCUUCGGCCAUCUUGGGGCUUCAAGAGUGGGACGGGAAAUUCUUGACGGCCUCUUCAUGCCCUUUUCGUGCCUUCUUCGGCCAUCUUGGGGCUCCUUGGGUGACAUUUUUG